AUGGCCAACCGGUUCCGGAACUGGUGGAUCAAACCACUGGCCAUAUACCAUACCGACGUCCGCCACGUGAUGCUCAUGGAUGUCGACGACAUUUUCGUUAAGGACCCCGCUCUGCGCGAUUUGGAGCCGUACAAGGAGACAGGCACGACUUUCUUCUACGACCACGGAGGAGUCCACUACCUGAAGAAGCUGUUCGCCAAUUUCAAGUACGAGCAGUUCAAUGAACGUGCGGGACAGACCGUCAUGGACAUCAUGCUCUGGUUCAUCACCAAGGAGCGCUUCCGGUUCGAAUACUCGUUUGGUGACAAGGAAACGUUCUGGUUGUCAUUCGAGAUGGCUCAUGCGCCGUACGGGUUCUCUCCUUGGGGCGUCAGUGUGGUGUCUUCGUGGCCCAACAGGGACAUGAAGACGCACCCGAACACGCUUUGUGGCAGCAUUUUGCAGUAUCUGCCGGACAGCAGCGCCGAUCCUCAAGUGUUGUACGUGAAUGGCAAGGCGCUGCUGGAUCCGUAUCCAGAAGGUGUCAACUCUGGGGCAAAGACGCAGAGGAACAACAUGUUCAACUCUCUCCCGACGCACAUGACCCCACGCCUUCCCCGGACACAACUCAACAUGACUGAUGCAGGUGCUGUUCGGAAGGAGAAAAUGUACCAGGAAUGCCUCGUCGGGUUAGGAGCAACGCCAUUGCCCGAGUCGUUUGCUGGUCGACUGUUGCGUCGCCGUCUCCACUUCUUGGGGGCAAUGACUGGUGUCCUCGGCUCGCUUGAGCUCUGCGGGACGUUCGAACUACCCAAUUGA